CCUCGGGUCCGGAUUGCUGCACGCACGAACGGAACGCGUCGAGGGUCGAGAUUGGUGGGAAGGCGAACCAGUGCGGCUGCGCCGUCCCUCUGCGGACUCGCUCACAAGGCCGCGCCAAGGGUGGAGUGGCCAGUGAGGGAUGCCUUGGUUCUUAGCAGUGAGGAAGAGGCCUUAGCUUCCCCGGAGAAGGAACAGGCAGAUUUCUUUGCACUUGAGGUGUUUUGGCAAUUCAGUCUCAUCCAGCUUCCAUUUCAUAGUCAGAUUCCUUGAUUUUUCUCAAAAUGUCUUUGUGCAGUUGGUUUGUAGCAGGUUAUAUUUGGUCGUUGUGUCUCAAGAUUUUUUCCGAUAUCUUUGUUAAUUUUGAACAGUUUCCAUCUAUUCUCUCUUGUGGCACUUAUUUGUGAAAUGGGUUAGUUUUCCUAUACCUGAAUGUGGUUUCUCAUUAACGUGUGCUUUCGUCCUGCCUAUUUUUCUUAAACUGGAAGGUUGAUCUAAAAGCUUUAGCGUCUGGGUCUGUUUUUUUCCAAGAACACUUCAUGCUGCAUCACAGUAGAAGGAUUAGUGAUACUUCCAUUAUUUCAUUUAGCAAUAGAAGUAAACAUGCGCAGAGACGCAAAUAUUCCCCCUUUUUCUUACACAAAAGGAAGCAUACUAUAUACACAACUCGGUAACCUGUUCUCCAUUUAACGUUAUAUUGUUCCAUAUCGGUGUAUUGUGAUCUUCCCCAAUCCUUUUGAUUGUUUCAUAGCACUCUAUUGAGUGGCUGUGUCAUGAUUUUUUCAAUCAAGUGCUUAUUGAUGGACGUCAUUUAUUCCCAGUUUUUUGUUGUCACAAAUAAUUUUGCAUGAACAACAUUAUGCACAUGUGAUUUUGUAGUUUUACAAAUAUGUUUUUGGAAUAGAGUUCUGGAAGUGGAAUUGCUGGGUCAGAGGAUAAAAGCAUAUAUGAUUUUGCUAGAUGUUGCUGAAGUUGCCUCAUAGGAAUUAUACUUUCACCAGCAAUAUAUGAGAGUGACUGUUUCUCAUAGCCUUCCCAACAGAGUAUAUUGCUAAAAUUGUGGCGCUUUGCUAAAAUGAUAUGCUAGAAGUAGUAGCUCAGUGAAGCCCUUGGAUUUUCAGCUUUAUGCGAGGACUUUUCUGUUAGAUUUCAUACCUUGAAUAACUCUUCAAUUUGUUUCCUAUUGUCUAUACUCCUUGAGGGAGUAUAAUAUAAAUGAAUGCAGUUUCAGCAUUUGUGUCUGUGAUAUUAAGGGAAACGUCAGUUUUUAUACUUUGCUUACCUUCUGAUUUCCCUUUUUUUAAAAUUAAAAAAAAAUUUUUUUGUAGUUGUAGUUGGACAGCAUGCCUUUAUUUUGUUUAUUUUUAUGUGGUGCUGAGGAUCAAACCCAGUGCCUCACACAUGCAGGGCAAGUGCUCUGCCACUGAGCUACAGCCCGAGCCCCUCCCAUUUUUAAUAAGAUUUUUGUUCCUUUUCUUUUUCAGGGUAAUCUUUUGUUAGCCUAUUGAUUGUGUGUGUGUGUGUGUGUGUGUAUGUGUGUAUUUUACUGGUGAUUGAAUCCAAAGGUCCUGAACUACUGAGCCACACUUCUAGCACCCUCUUUUUUUAGGAACUAGGGAUUGAGCCCAGGGCGUGUAACCAUUGAGCCAUGUCACCAUCCAUUUUUAUUUUUAUUUUUUUGAGACAGGGUCUUACUAAGUUGUUUAGGGCCUCCCUAAGUUGAUGAAGCUGGCUUUGAAUUUAUGAUGCUCCUGCCUUAGCCUCCUGAGCCACUGGGAAGACAAGUGAGCACCACUGCACCUGGCACGCUAGCCCUUUUUAUUUCAUUUGAGACAAGGUCUUGCUAAGUUGUUUAGGUUCCCCUGAAACUUUCGACUUUCCUGCCUCAGCCACCUGAGUUACUGGGAUUAUAGGCACAUGGCACUACAGCUGACUCAGUUGAUGCUUUUUUAACAUUUAUUUUUAUGUUUGAUUAAAAAUAGUACAUUUUUUAAGAAUGGGGAUUAAUUCAGGAUAUCUAGUCUGGACAUAUUGCUAGAAAUAGAAGUCCAAGUAUCAUUUUAAAUAUAAAAUUUUCUUUUUUUAUUUAAAGUAUAUUUCAGAGUAUCUUCACUUAGAUAAUUCAUUCUUCAAUUCUCAAUUUAAACAUCAUUGGAGAUCUUCAUUAUGUAGGUUAGGUCCACCUGUUACAUCCUCUCAUAGAACCCUAAACUUCAUAGCACACUUCUCUACCUAUAAUUAUAUAUGUUAUAUUCCCCAAUGUAUUAUAAGCUGCCUGAGAGAAGAGAUUUUCUGUUUCAUGUUCAGUGAUAUAUCUUUAGCAAAAACACAGUGCUUAUUCAUUAUUAGGUGCUUACUAAGUCCCUUGGACUAGAUAUAUUCUGGCUUACCAGAGUAGUGUAAUGCCAGAUUCGAUUUGUGGGACCCCAGUAGACAUCCAGGAGCCGAAUCUGAUGCAAUCACACAAUAGUCUUUAUUGCAAGCUCAAGCCUGGUCUCACUCACUACUGUUCCCGAUGCAGCGAUCCCAGGGAGUGAGACCAGGUCCUUUGUUCAGUGAGAUUUAUAGUUUUUUUUGGUAUACUCUAUGCCUCACAACAUCACACAGCAAGUCAUUUCACACCGAGGGAAAAUCAAACAACAAUUCUUAACAUUGAUUAGCACAUUCACUGGUGGGAACAAGUUAGGUAGAGGUGAUUGGUUAGUACAAGAGAGGGAUUCAUUUGAACUAAAUUGGUUUAAGCCUCGAAGGGUGUAUGUGCUAAACUACAUGGUUUCCCAACAUGUUAUCAACCAUCAUAAACUAGUGGGGGGUCAUCUGGCAUCCCAGGUAUUUUCUCUGUUUCAUGCUGAUUGGUGGUUGUUAGGGGGUUGCUAUGGGUCCUCACCUAUCCUAACUGAGUCACCUCUUCUGUUAUUUGCAGACAAACAACUCGGCAGGGUGGCUAUCUGCCUAGGAGUGCUCUGUGGGUUUUUCCAAGGACAAGGGUCACACCCCCUUCCUUGGACAGGCUUUGCUCUGAGGCAGAGGCUGGUUUCUCAAAAAUGGAGUCAUAUCAGUUUCUCAGAAGAAAUUUUGAACCAAAGGUUAUAACACUGUAGAUGAACAUAGUAGCUGGUUAUAAGAAUGUUGAGGAGACAUCAUCGACAGGCUAUCGAUAGAGCAGCAUCUCUUACCCUGGGAUAUGGACUUUGAAACUCCAUAGAGAGGCUUCAGAACCAGUAAAUAAAGUGUGUGUGUGUGUGUGUGUGUGUGUGUUUAAAGAUUCAUAGCUUUUAUCUAGCUUUCAGAGAGGAGAUCUAUGGCUUUCAUUAGCUCUGUCUUCUAGAGCAAGAGAGUGGAUGAAGUCAGGGUAUCUUUGUUUUUUUUUAACUUGGUCCCUGGUGGCAGUGCUAUUCUUAGCAUACAUAAAAUACUGACUUUAGUUUUGGAAUGUAUACGUGGAAAUGUCUACCCGGUAGAUAGGUAUGUUGGUCUGGAGCUUUUUAGCAGUUUUGCUUAGAGAUGGAGAUGUUGGGUUUAUCAUUGUACAGACAAGUUUGUGGGAGCUGUGAACAUGGAUAAGAUUUCCCAAAGAGUAUGUUGAGUGAGAUGACUGGGAAUUCCAACAUUUCAGUGGAAGAAAGAAGAAAAGAAGAUGAGAAGAAUCAACCACAGUGAUGGACAGUCAGGAAAAUAUAGUACUAUUGAAAUGAGGAAAGAGACUGUUGUAAUAAGAUCAAGAGGGUCAGCAACCUUGCAGAGAUCAAAUAAGAUGAUAACUGAGAAUUUACCAUUAAUUUCACAAGUGAAAGUGAAGCUAUUAAGUACCUUACAGAAGCUCUUCAAUCAACCAAUGAAUUGGAACUUGAAGAUAUCCUGGAAAAGAUCAUCGAUGCAGUUGAAAAGCAGCCCUUGUCAUCCAACAUGAUUGAACGAUCUGUAGUGGAAACCGCAGUCCAGGAAUGCAGCCAGUCUGUUGAUGAAACUAUAGAGCAUAUUUUCAAUAUCAUAGGAGCUUUUGAUGUUCCACGUUUUCUGUACAAUUCGGAAAGAAAAAAAUUUCUUCCUCUAUUAAUGACCAAACACCCUACGCCAAAUUUAUUUGGAACUGCAAGAGAUAAAGCAGAGCUAUAUCGUGAACGAUACACCAUUUUGCACCAGAGGACCCACAGGCAUGAAUUGUUCACUCCUCCAGUGAUAGGUUCUCAACCUGAUGAAAGCGGAAGCAAAUUCCAGCUUAAAACAAUAGAAACCUUAUUGGGUAGUACAACCAAAAUUGGAGAUGUGAUUAUUCUUGGAAUGAUAACCCAAUUAAAAGAGGGAAAAUUUUUUCUUGAAGAUCCUACUGGAACAGUACAAUUGGAUCUUAGUAAAGCUCAGUUCCACAGUGGUUUAUACACAGAGGCAUGCUUCGUUUUAGCAGAGGGUUGGUUUGAAGAUCAAGUAUUUCAUGUCAACGCCUUUGGAUUUCCACCCACUGAACCUUCUAGUACUACAAGGGCAUACUAUGGAAAUAUUAAUUUUUUUGGAGGGCCUUCUAAUACAUCUGUGAAGACUUCUACAAAGCUGAAACAACUGGAAGAUGAGAACAAAGAUGCCAUGUUUGUAUUUAUAUCUGAUGUUUGGUUGGACCAAAUGGAAGUAUUGGAAAAACUUCACACAAUGUUUUCUGGCUAUUCACCAGCACCCCCAACCUGCUUUAUUUUGUGUGGUAACUUUUCAUCAGCACCAUAUGGAAAAAAUCAAGUUCAAGCUUUGAAAGAUUCUCUAAAAACUUUGGCAGACAUAAUAUGUGAAUACCCAAAUAUUCACCAAAGUAGUCGUUUUGUGUUUGUACCUGGUCCGGAGGAUCCUGGGUUUGGUUCCAUCUUACCCAGGCCACCACUUGCUGAAAGCAUCACUAAUGAAUUUAGACAAAGGGUACCAUUUUCAGUUUUUACUACAAAUCCUUGCAGAAUUCAGUAUUGUACACAAGAAAUUAUCAUCUUUCGUGAAGAUUUAGUGAAUAAAAUGUGUAGAAACUGUGUCCGUUUUCCUAGUAGCAAUUUGGAUAUUCCUAAUCAUUUUAUAAAGACUAUCCUGUCUCAAGGACAUCUGACUCCUCUACCUCUUUACAUCUGCCCAGUGUAUUGGGCAUAUGAUUAUACUUUAAGAGUGUAUCCUGUGCCCGAUCUACUUGUCAUUGCAGACAAAUACGAUCCUUUCACCGUGACCAAUACUGAAUGCCUCUGCAUUAACCCUGGCUCUUUUCCAAGAAGUGGAUUUUCAUUCAAAGUUUUUUACCCUUCCAACAAAACAGUAGAAGACAGCAAACUUCAAGGCUUUUGAGAGUUUUAAAGACCAUAUAAAAAAAAAAAAGCAUCAGUUUUCUGCUUGGUUUUAUGUCUUAAGUGAUUUUGAUAUUAUUAAAUUAUGGUAAACUUUAAAAAUAUUCUUGAAUAUGUAUUUUAUGAAAUUUUGAUAUUGUUAUACCAAAUACAGUGGUACAUUUGAAAAUUUUUAUAGGAAAAACACUUCCAGCAUUCUUUAAAAAAAAAAAAGGCUGAUUUAAGAGGCCCUGGGUUUGAUCCCCUGCACUGCAAAACAACAAAAUGUAGAUAUGUAUAAAGAUAUAUUCUAGCUGGUUGAGCUGGUGCAUACCUGUAAUCCCAGCAACUUGAGAGCUAGAGGCAAGUUCAAAGCCAGGAACUCAAAUUUAAAGCCAGCCCCAGCAACUUAGGGAGGCCCUAAGCAAUUAGCCAGAAGACCCUGUCUCAAAAAAAAGGGCAGGUGAGGAUGUGGUUCCAUGGUAAAGCACCCCUGGGUUCAAUCCCCGGUACAAAGAAAAAAAGGCCCUUCUAAUGAAGCAUGCAUUUAAAAACUAAAACUAACGUUAGCUUAUCAGUGGAAUAAAGGCACUUUUAAUUUACCAAAACAAAAAACCCCUAAAGUUAAUUUUGGUAUUAGUCACUAUUUUUUUUUCCCCACUCUUCUGUUAUUACCUUGAUACCAGUGAGCAUACCCAAGAAUUACUUGUUAGUGUAUUUUAAAUCACCUUUGGAACAUCAAAAUUUUGGACAAGUCUGACCUUAGUAAAGGUAUUUUCAAACAUAAAUACAACAUACUAUUUAAAUGCAUCAAAUUACAAACUGGUUGUUGGAUAUAACAGCCUUGAGUUUCUGACUCCUUCAAAGUUUUAUGUGAAAUUAUGUGUGGGGACAGGCUUGUGUGUAUGUGUUGGGCCCAUAAUUCUCAUUGGAGUCUCAUCUCGCUGGCCCUCUUCCUUGUCAAAUUUCUCAAUGUGGUAAGUUUUUUUUCUGUGCAUUUUUUUUUUCCCUGCAGAGAUAUUUUGGGAAUCACUCUCUAUAUAAUAAACUUACUUUUUUCUUCACUGUGCUGUAUUUAUUCAUUAAAUGAGUACCUAACAUGUUCUAGGUCCUAGAGAAUCCAGUGGAAUACCGGAAAGACAAAGUCCUAGAUUUCAUCUUGCUUACCUUCAAAUAAAUACAGCCAGACCCUAGAAGAAAACACCAACUACAAAACCAUGGUGAAGAUUAAAAAAAUGUGGGCAACU